CUUCACUCCUCGGACCCCCCUUUCUUCUGCCCAGGCUUUCUUCUUGGGUCCAAAACGGUCUCUGACCGCUUAUUAGUAGUCCGCUCGUCUGGGUCCUGGGCUUCUGGUUCAGCCAGCGUACCCUUCUUUUGCUCCGGACUCAUUUCUCCUCUUUGCCUCUUCCUCUGGUCUUUCUUGGCCCUGCACUGCUAUCACAAGACAAGGCUCUCCAGCCCCCUACAAAUAGCACUGAGUGCUUGGCACCCCCCCAACUGGCACUCUAAGCUUCUCCAGCAUCCUGGAUCGACGUCAUUCAUCCCAUUCUACAACCUCCCUUCCAUUCCAUCUGCUCCCCAUCUCGUUCAAUGGCUACUGUCCGCUUCUAUUGCCACUCCCCUAGCAGUCUACAGAGGUCUUAGCCCAAACGGUCAGGUCAGGUCAGGUCAGGUCAGGUCAGGUCAAAGAUCAACCUAUCAACAUCGACAAUGUCGCAAUCUACUGCCACCCAAGUUCAAGGCCACGGCCACGGGCUAAACCUCCUGAAAAAGCGCCUCGGCAUCUCCCACACGUUACACAAAGUCGCCGCCUUGCGAUCGAAGCACCACCACAAGGAGAAUGGAAAAGACAAGGAUGGCUCCGGUGCCAGCUCUCCCGACGGCGGCGCUUCGUCUACCCCCAUCAUCAAGGUCUCUGGUGCCGAAGGGGACGGGGACGGGGACGGGGACGCCACAACGACGGGUAAGAUCGCGUCGCAGCAGCCUCCCGACUCGCUGUUGGCGACCCCCUCCCUCCCCCCGACCCUCGAGAAGUACUGCAUCCUCCGCCUGGGCGGCGACUUCGCCAUCACCAUCGGGGACGCCUUCGACCCGAACCCGUCGGCCUCCCUCGCCGCCGCCCCUCCCUUCCGGUACGGCCACAUCCGCUGGCCCAAGUUCAUCCGCCUCCUCCUCGUCUUCUCCGCCGUGUCCGCCGACGAGCCCCUCGAGACGCUCCUCUUCCACGCCGACCUGCACGAGGUGCCCUUCCAGAUGCUCAAGUACGAACCCGGCGACGACCUCCGCCCCAUGCACCUCAACGGCCUGCGCGCCAGCGUCCACGUCGGCCUGUACGACGCCCUGCUCGCCAUCCGCGACCGCGCCCGCAAGCGCCCCUUCACCGUCCUCUGGGUCGACGAGGUCUGCGUCAACCACGCCGAGGACCUCGAGGUCGAGGGCCACAUGCGCCUCAAGCGCGACAUUGUCGCCGCCUGCACUGGCAAGACCGCCGUCGACUCGGCGCUGAAUGCCAAUUUCAAGCGCCGCGGCCGCGGCCGCCGCGCCGUUCAUCUCGUCGUCGACGAGGGGGGCGAGUCGUCGUCGCGCCAUGCCUCUUCCCCGAGCGCUACCACCGGCAGCAAGGCCCGGGCUCGAAAGACGCAGCGGCAUAUUUCGUAUACGUCUUCUCCGGAUGGGUCGGGGACCACCACUGCCAACCGCGACGGCGAUGAUAACAACAACAAUAAUAACGACGACGAUGACGACGACGACGACGACGACGAUGAUGGUCUUUCGCCGCAUAGCCAUUCCCGGGCACGUUCAAUAGACGCCUCGUCCAUGAUGACGACCGAACGUAUAGGUCCUGACGGGGAGUCCGACGACGAACACGACGACGACGACGACGACGAAGACGAGGAAGACGACCCCAAAGGCAAACGCCGUGCCCGGACCACGCGCCACCUGCGUUACCGCUCGGUGAGCGGCAGGGAGAUGUCGACGGAGCGCCGGCCUCGCACCUCCAUCUCCUUUGAUCUGCCCAGCCACCCGAAGGACGACGACGCCAACAACGAUGACAACACGUCUGAUGAAGAGGAUGCGGGUCCCGGAGAUGACGGGAGCAAAGGGGAAGAAAAGAUGACGAGAAGCAAAGCAAACGGAUCGUCAUAUGCUGUGAUGAAGUCCCGGCCCUUGGGUCCGUGAUUGCUGUCACCUUGACGUUUGGGGAGAGGCAGGAGGAGGAAUUGAAUCAGUUCUCGGUCUCAUCUUAUACAGUCUUAGAGGUCAGGUUGCUAGGCGUCGUGGUAGCGAGCAAACACUUUAUCCCUUCCUAUUACUGGAUUCCCACGUCUCUCAACUUAUGUCCUCAACUGUUGCCAGUGAUUCUGUUCUCUGUUCUGUGCAUGUGUGCUCCUGACUUGGCCCCUAUGGCUUAGGAAUGGGAUAUCUAAGCACAUUCCUCAACGUUUUGAGCAGUCCCCCACCCCC